AUGGCGGAGCGCGGCGAUUCCGAGCCCACCCCGGGUUGCAGCGGUCUGGGCCCGGGCGGCGUUCUCGGCGGCGGCGGCGGCGGCGCCCACUCAUGGGCCCCGGAGGACGCUUGGAUGGGCACCCACCCAAAGUAUUUAGAAAUGAUGGAAUUAGAUAUAGGAGAUGCCAGCCAAGUUUACAUAGCAUUCUUGGUUUACCUGGACCUCAUGGAGAGUAAAAGUUGGCAUGAAGUAAAUUGUGUUGGAUUACCAGAUCUCCAGCUCAUCUGCCUUGUCGGUACUGAGAUAGAAGGAGAAGGAUUACAGACUGUGGUGCCUACACCCAUCAGUGCUUCCCUCAGCCAUAACAGGAUAAGGGAGAUCUUGAAGGCAUCUCGAAAAUUGCAAGGUGAUCCAGAUUUGCCAAUGUCUUUUACUUUGGCCAUAGUGGAGUCCGAUUCCACAAUAGUCUAUUAUAAACUUACUGAUGGAUUUAUGCUGCCAGACCCUCAGAAUAUUUCCCUUAGAAGAUGACACCUAUACUUCCUGAAGCUUACUGUGAGAGUGGAUUUGAGAUCCGUCAGCCUGGUUCAUCUUUUAUCUCAGAGAUAGUUAGGGUUGACUUAGCUGGUCCUAUUCCAUAAGUUUUUCUUUUUGAAGAAUAAAACUUUCCCAGAUAG